UUUGACAUUUGAACAGAACUCAAUGAAAUUUAAGUCAGAUUCUAUAGACUUUAUUUAACAUUUCUGUUUCAUUUUUGUUUGGUUUAAUAUUGCCUGCCAGUGCAUUUUGUAAACAAUUGAUUUUCCUUUCGUCCAUUUUUCUUUCACUUGUCGUGUUCCACAACACCGAAUCGGUAAUUAUUCGCAUCGAUUGGUUGUGUGUAUGUGAUUUGGCCUCGCAGUUGAACGAAUAAAAAUCAAUUAAUUUUCACGGAGUUGACAAAAUAAAUCAUGUUAUUCGAAAUAUGCAUCAUAUGUGCAAUUGUGUUUGCUCUAUGGAUAAUCGGAAAACUUUUAAUGCUUUUUGAUAUUGUGCACGUACCAAAAAAACGAGUGCAUAUCUGGCGCCAUGUAAAACAUUUGAAUCAAGCAUGCUAUUGUUCGAUAUGCGAGAUAAUGUUAACGUCCAGUGGUUUUUACUGUGAAGCUUGCGGUGUUUGUUCCGAUACAUUGUGUAUUACGACGGCUGACAAAGUGUUAAAAUGUAAAGUGACCUCAACGGAUUUGCAGAAAAUCGAUAAAUCCGAACCAGUUGUGUGUGAACAACAGCAUCUAUGGAUCAAAGGAAAUUUAAGCCAAUCAUAUACAUGCUAUAUUUGUGAUCGUGACGUUGAUUAUCAUGGACGACCAGGAUUGUAUGGUUAUCGAUGUUGUUGGUGUCAGCGUAGCACCCAUGUCAAUUGCUUUGUUAAAACAGUCGAUGACAAAGUCUGUGAUUUUGGUACCUUUAAAGACAUGAUCAUUCCACCGAACCAUGUAUUCGUAAAACAACGUCGUCUACAUCGGCAAAUUACAAACGUUGUGCAGCCCGAUUGGCCCGAUUGGCGGCCACUCAUUGUUCUUGCCAAUAAUAAAUCGGGCGACAACACAGCCGAUAAUGUGAUUGCUGUGUUCCGAAGUGUAUUGAAUCCCAUUCAAAUUUUCGAAUUGAGUUCGACAGGACCGGCGGCAGCGCUAAAUUUAAUCAACAAAAUUCGAACAGUUCAGUGUCGCAUAUUGGUGGCUGGCGGUGAUGGCACAAUCGGUUGGAUUCUAAAUGAAAUUUCACGGAAAAAUAUUCAACCAAUUCCCGAAGUAUGCAUCUUACCGAUCGGGACCGGAAACGAUUUAUCUAGGGUUCUUGGCUGGGGCGGUGUUCCACCAGCCAAUCUAAAUACAGCUGAACUUUGUAAAAAAAUUCGUAGUGCCGAAACAGUUCAAUUAGAUCGUUGGCUCAUCGAUAUUGAAGGUCAUUCGUCGCGACGAUUACAUAUAAAUUGGUUACCUCAUCGUAAACUGAACAUGUACAACUACUUUAGUGUGGGCGUUGAUGCACAAGUCACAUUCAAUUUCCACAAAGCUCGAGAGAGCCCAUUUUAUAUGAUAAGUAGUCGAAUUUUCAACAAGAUUUUAUAUUUAUGCUUUGGAACGCAUCAAGUCGUUUUACCUGAUUGUGUUGGCCUUGAGAAGAAAAUUGAUGUCUAUUUGGAUGGUGAAAAAAUCGAAUUGCCCGAACUGCAGGCGGUUGUUUGCUUGAACAUUGAUUCAUGGGGAGCUGGAGUUAAUUUAUGGGUAAUGAGCGGCGAUGACAGUGGACCGAAAAUUGAGUCAAGUAUAUCGGAUGGUGUGAUUGAAGUGCUCGGCAUUGUGUCGUCAUUUCAUAUGGCCCAGCUACAAGUUGGACUCAAUAAACCAAUUCGUUUGGGUCAAGCGCGUAAUGUGCGCAUUCAAAUGCGCGAAUCAUUUCCAGUUCAGGCGGACGGCGAACCCUGGAUUCAAGCGCCUAGUGAGAUAAAUAUCUCAUGCAAUGGACAAGCAAAAAUGCUACAGUGUUCCUCCUAAAUAUAUUUAUUUAUGAAAAUAUACAACAAAACACUAAUUAAUAUAUUAUACAAUGAAUUCCACUUUUACCUGAAAGACCUAAGCACAUUGAAGGUUGAUUUCUCCUUACUUUUAUUGGCUGCUUUAUUUUAUUUUAGUUUAAGUAUUAUUUUAUUUUUAUUUUUUGAAAAUUAAUUUAAUUUCAACAAAUAAUUUUGGUGAUAAAAUAUAAUUUAUUUAAUGUAAAUUUCAGUUACCCCACUAAAUAUAAGUCACGAAAUCUCAUUUUUAUUUCUAACACACAUUUGAAAAAAUUGAACGUUUUAUGUUUUUUCUUUGAGUUUGGCUCGAUUUUGUUUGCAAAACGUUUGUAGCCUAAAUGAUAUUUACCAAAAUUUUAGAGAGAACAAAACAAAAUGUAAAUGUUUAAGUGCCAUUCAUCUACGUAUUGUACUGUACUUAAUUACUGCUAACAAAUGAAAUCAAAUGCAAAUGUUUUUGCGCAUAUUUUAUAACUACCGAUAUAGAAACGAUCGAAUUUUUAUUUUCUUGAAGUUGUGAACUUCAAUUGGUCUCUAUUCAUUUCUAACGCUUACAUGUGAAUAAAAGAUUCUAUUGAUAA